AAUUAAACCACACCAGAUGUAAACAGGAAACAAAGUUCGUUAGAUAACUGGCUUGCUUAUUCAUUGAUGGCAUUGAAUAGUCGAAUACCCCUUUUUAACGUUUUAAGUGAUCAUUAAUGUUGUAAGAAGGCAUAGUUUACAUAUUGAGAGAUUAUAGUCUGCUUCUCACUACCCAUUGACAAUGGCAGCUUCACGUAGGCUUCUGAUUUAGCUUAGUAGCAAGCUAAAUGACCGUCUUUUGACUGUGAAUGGAAGCAGCAGGCUAGCAUAUUGCACCGAGUCGGUAGACACACUGUAACCACCGGCUUUGACAGUAGCCAGGCACCGUACACGUCUUCUUUUUGUGACGUUAGACCGUUCAUUAAGGCUUUGGUGAUGGAUGAAGAUUUUUUGCUCGCUGUUCAGCUACAGGAACAAUUCGACUAUGAGGCUUCCACGUCUUCAUCGGAUGCCGUCGAGUAUAAUGUUGACCCGGUUAGUAAGAAAAGAAAAGUCGAUUCCAGUGGCGACGUACUUGCUCCAUGUUAUUCUUCCUUCGAGCCUGAAAGGCCCAUGUCAAUAGUUGACGAGUCAUGGGAGAUGCUUGAUCCCAGUCCUGAUGUUCGAGCCAUGUUCCUGCAAUUUAACGACAUGUUCUUUUGGGGGAAAUUAUGUGGCGUCGAAGUCAAGUGGAGCCCUCGAAUGACGCUAUGCGCUGGAGUGUGUUCUUACGAAGGACGAGGCGGGCUGUGCUCAAUUCGUCUCAGUGAACCUCUUCUGAAACUCCGACCACGUCGAGAUCUGGUGCAGACACUUCUACAUGAAAUGAUACACGCCUUGCUGUUUGUGACUCAAAACAACCGAGAUCGAGAUGGACACGGCCCAGAAUUCUGUAAGCACAUGGACAGAAUUAACAAAGCCACCGGGACAAAAAUUACGGUCUACCACACUUUUCAUGAUGAGGUGGACCAGUACCGUCAGCACUGGUGGCGAUGUAAUGGACCGUGUCAGACUCGGAAGCCCUUCUUUGGCUAUGUGAAGCGUGCCAUGAACCGGGCUCCCUCUGCCCGUGACCCCUGGUGGGCGGAUCACCAGCGCACAUGUGGAGGAACUUACGUCAAGAUCAAAGAGCCAGAUGAUUAUGGGAAGAAAGGCAAGAAAGGUGACGGCAAAGACACAAAGACCCUGAGCCAACCCAAAGACAAGAGCAAGCCCUCCGCCAUCACAGGUACAUCUGGUUUGCAGGAUAUUAGGAAUGUCAUCCCAUUCAGUGGCAAAGGGUUCAUCCUUGGAGGAAGCUCUCAGUCGUCCACCUCUCAAAAACCACCUGACAAUAGUCAGAGAAGACUCGAUUUCCCAGGUUCCCCUGAGCCACUGGGGUCCCCAUCAGGGCAAGUUACAGCCAAAGGCAUGAACUCCCCAGGACAGCCCGGAUACAGCAGCCCCCACAGGGCCAGUAACAUGGGCACUAUGACUUCUACCUCAAGGGGUCCCCAGAGUGGCAUCCCAAGCCUACGUCCUCCAAGUAAAAAGUCAGUUGCUAACGUUAGGGCUUUUGUCAACAUUAACGGGUCUCCGGUGAGGAUUUCAAAGACUGCGGGCCAUUUGACGAAGCCAUUCGGGAGUACCACAGAUUCUACCGGCGCAACCCAGAGGUCUGUACGUGACCUCUUCAGCUCCAAAGUACUUGCGUCUCCUGAUGGGGCAAGAAUGGGUGCUAGCACGUCAAGUGCCUCCAAACCAGUGGCUAGGCUCAAAGGACUAUCUCAUGAUGUCAAUAGGGAAAGAGCACUGGGGAAUGGCUUCAACUGGAAGGUCGGUGGGCAACCAGGGAGAAGUGGAGAUGCUCAGGGCUCCGGUCAGUCAAACGGCCUUCAGUCAGGAAGUCCUGGAGGCUCAAAGACUGGCCUGCUAAACCCGCUCGGUUCCUAUCAGCCCAAACCCGCUGCAAAAUCAGGCACUGCUAUCACGGUUUCUAGAAAGAGGCCGUGGGACAGUGGUGGCACGGCCCACAUCUUCGACUUCUUCCAGCGGACGAUGAGCGAGUCAUCGUCUCCCAAGGGCAAGGCGGAGGGCGUCGCUGCCACUUCCUCCGCCCCGGCUGUGCAGCCCGCCCCUGUCAGCAGCGCCAGCCUUACAGUGAGCUGCCCUGUCUGCCAAGUCACUGUGCCUGAGUCGAAAAUCAAUGAGCAUUUAGACUCCUGCCUCACAUGAUGAAUAACGGGAAGAGGAGAGUUCUUAUCUGUGGCAUUUGCUAUAGGUCACAAUGUAUAUCUGUUUAAAGUGUUUUAAUUGCUAUUAACAAAUCUAUAUAUAGCUGUCAUUUAUCAAACAUGUUGAUUUUAGAUAUUACAAAUAAAGUAUUCAAGUAGAUUUUUCUAGGUAGUACAGCUUUUAAGGUUCUUCGAAGCAUUCAGGUGAGGUGCUUUUCAGUAUAGCACAGGUAAGUUUUUCAGUAUUCGGUUCCUUUAAGCAUUUCAUAGUUUGUCAUUUGUUUUUACGGAUUUAUCUGAAAUUUGU